AGGAAGUAAAAUUGUAGGAGUAGAUUGGUUGUCAGACUUGUUGAAUGUCACACUAAUCAAUGCGCGCUAUCUCUCACACACACAGUCACACACAUUCCGUCACUCGUGAAUGAAUUCCUAGAAGUCAUCAAUUCUUCACCAAUUUUCACCCCCUUUUAAAUCUUCUCUGCGGAUACUUCAAUACUGCAGCUUUGUUCCUCUCCAUUUUUCUUUGCUUAAUUCCUAACUAUUGACUCCUUCUCACCAUUAGUACCCUCCUGUAGCAUUAGGGAAUUACCCUCUGUACAAUAUAUUUAUGCACAGAAAUUAAAAGGGUAUUGUUGUAGAUGACAGAGAUGAUUACCAUGAGUUUAAAAUCCAAUCUUUUUGCUACCCCAUAUAGUGGAAGAUAUGGGGUAAGCCAUUUUUGGUCUCAGCAGAAAUUGGUCAACUCCAAGUCAGUCAGAAGUCGGAGGGUUGGUCGACUUUAUUGCGAGUCUAAGACUGCAGAAAUGGAAAUCAGGAAGUGCUCGCCUUUUCUGGAAAGUGAAUUGUUGUCCGGUAAUGGUGGGUUGCCCUUGACAGAGUGGAGAACUGUUCCCGACAUUUGGCGGACUUCGGCAGAGAAGUUUGGUGACCGUGUAGCAGUUGUGGACCCAUAUCAUGAUCCUCCUACAACCAUGACUUAUAAACAGCUUUAUCAGGAGAUUGUGGAUUUCUCUGAAGGUUUGAGAGUUGUUGGGCUAAACCCAAAUGAGAAGAUUGCGCUUUUUGCUGAUAAUUCAUGUCGAUGGCUUGUUGCAGAUCAAGGUACGAUGGCGAGUGGGGCUAUCAACGUUGUGAGGGGUUCAAGGUCAUCAAAUCAAGAGCUAUUGCAAUUAUACAGCCACUCUGAAAGUGUCGCUCUUGCUAUUGACAAUCCUGAGAUGUACAACCGGAUUUCAGACACCUUUGGUUCCCACACAGCUGUACGAUUUGCUAUUUUACUUUGGGGCGAGAAAUCAAGCCUUGGAAGAGAAGCCGUGCAGGGAUAUCCUGUAUAUACUUAUAAGGAGAUUAUAGAAUUGGGUCACAAGAGUCGUGUGGAUCUGCUUGAUUCUGAAGAUGCCAGGAAACAAUAUUCAUUUGAGGCAAUCAACUCUGAUGAUGUGGCUACAAUUGUCUAUACCAGUGGAACCACCGGUAAUCCAAAAGGUGUCAUGCUUACGCAUAAAAAUCUGCUUCACCAGAUUUUGAAUCUGGGGGAGAUUGUACCUGCUGUACCUGGGGACAGAUUUCUAAGCAUGCUUCCGCCUUGGCAUGCAUAUGAGCGUGCUUGUGAAUAUUUCAUAUUCACACAUGGAACAGAGCAAGUGUACACAACUGUGAAAAAUUUGAAGGAAGAUUUGCGGCGUUAUCAGCCACAUUACUUGAUAAGUGUUCCUUUAGUUUAUGAGACAUUAUACAGUGGAAUUCUAAAGCAGAUCAAUUCAAACUCUGCUGCUAGUAAACUCAUUGCCCUAUUAUUUUUAAGGAUCAGUAUGACUUACAUGGAGGCAAAAAGGAUUUACGAGGGGGAAUGUUUAAUGAAGGACACCAAGCAACCUUCAUAUAUUGUAUCAUUGCUCGACUGGUUGUGGGCUAGAACUAUUGCUGCUAUAUUAUGGCCGCUGCAUAUGCUGGCGAAGAAAAUUGUUUACAGUAAAAUACACGCAAGCAUUGGUAUUUCAAAGGCUGGCGUAAGUGGAGGUGGUAGUCUUUCUUCACAUGUUGACAAGUUCUUUGAGGCAAUUGGCAUAAAGAUUCAGAAUGGAUAUGGUCUGACUGAGUCAUCUCCCGUGAUUUCUGCCCGUCAUCUUGCGUGUAAUGUACUUGGCUCAGUUGGGCAUCCCAUUCGGCAUGUAGAAGUAAAAAUUGUAAAUGCUGAAACAGAUGAGGUCCUUCCUCCUGGCUCAAGGGGCAUUGUCAAAGCCAGAGGGCCACUAGUAAUGAAGGGCUACUAUAAGAAUCCGUUGGCAACAAAACACGCUAUUGAUGAGAAUGGAUGGCUGAACACUGGUGAUCUUGGUUGGAUUGCGCCUGAUCAU